CCGGCUUCAACCGUCUGGACCCCAAUCUAAGAUUCAUUGUCUUCGCCGUCACUCCUUUGUCUCUCUGCUUCCACUCUCGUUUCUUGUUCCCCCAGCCGAGCUCUUAAGUAAAACAUCAUGGAGUCCGACAGUGCCGGCUUGGCCCACGACCACCAACCUCGUGGCUCGACAGCUGCCGAGUCGCGGUCGCCGCAGCCGCAGGAGAUCAUAGAUCACCUGGACGUUGACUCUGAUAACCCAGACGACGACUCAACCAUGGGCUCAGAGGUAUCAUCCGUCACGACGUCGCUCCGCAGCGAGGGCUACGAGUUCCGCUACGAAAAUGGGCGGCGGUAUCAGAGUGCGAAUGGCACUUACCAUUUGCCAAACGAUGUUCAAGAAAUGGACCGGCUCGAGUUACAGCAUCUCAUCUGGAUCGAGAUCGCUGGCGGUCGGUAUCAUCUGGCGCCGCUCAAAGAUGCACGGCUGACCCAUGUCCUGGAUGUCGGCACUGGCACGGGGAACUGGGCAAUCGAGUUUGCGAAUCUGCACCCCAAAGUAAAGGUCAUCGGCACCGAUCUCAGCCCCAUCCAGCCCGACUGGGUGCCCAGCAACUGCGAAUUCUUUGUGGACGACGCCGCCAUGGAGUGGGCCUUCCACGAGCGCUUCGACUACGUCCACGGCCGCGCCCUGACCAUGGGCAUCGCCAACUGGGACCACUUUGUCGACCAGGCAUACAAGGUCCUCCAGCCGGGGGGGUUCCUGGAGCUGCAAGAGUUCUCGAUCCCGCUCGACAGCCCGGACGACAGCGUGGCCGAGGGCUCUGCGCUGUGGACCUGGGGCCGCAAGGUGCGCGAGGUCUGCGCAAAGCUGGGGAUCGACUCGAUGGCCGCGACCAAGCACGCCGACCGUCUGCGGGAUAGGGGCUUCCAGGACGUCAACCACGUGGAGCUUCUCUGCCCACUUGGGCCCUGGGCGAAGGGCCAGAGGGAGAAGCGACUGGGGUACAUGGCCCGCAAGGACUUGUACGAGGGCAUUGACGCCAUCAGCAAACGGCUCUUCAUACUGGGAGGGGAUAGCGAGGAGGAGGUCGACCUCUUCCUAGCGCGGUGCAGGGAGGAGUUGCUUGAUCCUGCGAUUCAUAUUGGGCUUAGUCUACACGUUGUGUGGGGCCAGCGGCCAGAGUAGCUCAGCGACAAGCGACACAGGAGCAGACUACUGGGCCCUCGAGAAGAACCGAGCCGGGUCUAGCAGUUCCCUCGCCGUGCAGCUGGCAUCACAGAUAUAGCAAGUUUUGUCGUUCUGUGCGAGCAUAGCGAGAAUGGAUUUUUCUUUUUCUUUCUUCCAGUGUGCCUGGCAAAAGUUGCGGCGGCCACCCCUUGAAUGUCUUUCAUUGUCCCCA